GCAGGCUCUAUGUGUCAGCGCUCUCCGAACGGAACAACGACUCGAGUGGAUCCAAUGAGAUUACGCCGCGUUCUGGGCCCUUUGCCUGCUUUAAAAAAACUCAACUGCUGCCGGCUCGAGAAGGUCACCAUGAGGAGGAAGAUGUUAUGGGCUCUCUUCUGCCUUGUCCUUGCUCUGCUGCCUUCACAAACAGCCUCUGUAGCAGUCAUGUCAGUUGACCUAGGCAGUGAGUGGAUGAAAGUAGCGAUAGUAAAACCUGGCGUGCCAAUGGAGAUUGCUUUAAACAAGGAGUCCAGGAGGAAAACUCCAAUAGCCGUGUGUUUGAAAGAAAAUGAGCGACUUUUUGGAGACGGUGCAUUAGGAGUGUCUGUGAAGAACCCCAAAUUUGUCUAUAGGUAUCUUCAGAGCCUCCUAGGCAAGAAGCACGACAACCCACAGGUGGCGUUCUACCAGAAACGUUUCUCCGAGCACCAGCUGGUGAAAGAUGCGAGUCGGGGCACAGUUGUCUUUAGAAACUCGGAAGAAAUGCAGUACUCUCCAGAGGAGCUCCUGGGCAUGGUUUUGAACUAUUCACGUGGACUGGCUCAGGACUUUGCAGAGCAGCCCAUCAAAGAUGCAGUGAUCACCGUCCCCGCCUUUUUCAAUCAGGCAGAGCGUAGGGCGGUCCUGCAGGCCGCACAGAUGGCAGGUGUUAAGGUUCUUCAGCUCAUCAAUGACAACACGGCGGUGGCGCUCAACUAUGGUGUCUUCAGGAGGAAAGACAUCAACAGCACUGCUCAGAACAUGAUGUUCUAUGACAUGGGUUCAGGCAGCACGACGGCAACCAUCGUCACAUACCAGACGGUCAAGACCAAAGAUUCUGGCACCCAGCCACAGCUCCAGAUCCGAGGAGUCGGGUUUGACCGCUCUGGGGGCUUUGAGAUGGAUCUGCGGCUGCGGGACCACCUAGCCAAGCUGUUCAACGAGCAGAAGAAGACCAAGAAGGACGUGAGGGAGAACCACCGCGCCAUGGCCAAGCUCCUCAAGGAGGCCCAGAGACUCAAGACGGUGCUGAGCGCCAACGCAGAAUUCAUGGCACAGGUGGAGGGGCUUCUAGAUGAAAUGGACUUCAAGGCCAAGGUGACCCGUGUGGAGUUUGAGGCCCUGUGUGCUGACCUGUUUGAGAGAGUGCCUGGACCCGUACAGGAGGCCCUUAGCUCUGCAGAGAUGUCCCUGGACGAGAUUGAGCAGGUGAUCCUGGUGGGCGGCUCCACCCGAGUGCCUAAGGUGCAGGAGGUGCUGCUCAAAUCCGUUGGGAAAGAGGAGCUGGGAAAGAACAUCAAUGCAGACGAGGCUGCAGCUAUGGGUGCUGUGUACCAGGCCGCUGCCCUCAGCAAGGCCUUUAAAGUUAAACCCUUCCUGGUCAGGGAGGCAGCUGUUUUCCCCAUCCAGGUGGAGUUCACCAGGGAGACGGAGGAUGAGGAUGGCUCCAGGAGCCUGAAACACAACAAGCGUAUCCUGUUCCAGAGGAUGGCCCCCUACCCCCAGCGCAAGGUCAUCACCUUCAACCGCUACACUGAUGACUUUGCCUUUGACAUCAACUAUGGAGACCUCAGCUUCUUGGGCCAAAAUGACCUCAGUGUGUUUGGCUCUCUAAACCUGACCACAGUGCAGCUGUCUGGGGUGAGCAGCAGCUUCCAGAAGCACAUGGAUGCUGAGUCCAAGGGCAUCAAGGCCCACUUCAAUAUGGAUGAGAGUGGCAUGCUCCUCCUGGACCGGGUGGAGUCUGUAUUUGAGACCAUUGUAGAGGAGAAGGAUGAGGAAUCAACUCUGACAAAACUAGGAAAUACCAUUUCCAGCCUGUUUGGAGGGGGAUCCUCAGAGCCCAAUGCAAAUGUGACGGAACCAGUUCAGGAUGAGGAGGAGGUUCCUUCAGAGUCUGGGAAGGAGCAGAGCAAGAAGGAGGCUGCUGCCCAGGAAGUGACGCAGGAGCCUGGGGAGAAACAGGAGGAGGUCCCAACCCAAGAGAAGAGUAAGGGAGAGGCAUUGGACAGCAAGGCUGACCCUCAGGAGGGAGGAGAAAAUGGAGUGGAGGAGAAGGAGGCGGCGGCGGAGGAGAAGGAGGCGGCGGCGGAGGAGAAGGAGGCGGCGGCGGAGGAGAAGGAGGCGGCGGAGAAGGAGGCGGCGGAGGAGAAGGAGGCGGAGGAGAAGGAGGCGGCGGAGAAGGAGGCGGCGGCGGAGGAGAAGGAGGACGCAGCGGCGGUGAAGAAAGCCAAGCCUCAGAAGAGAACUAAGUUCUCUGAAGAUGUCUCAGUGGAGCUCCAAGUGAACGACAUCCUUAACCCUAGCUUGGAAGCUAUCGCCUCCUCAAACAAGAAGCUCCAAGACCUGACUGAUAGAGACCUGGAGAAGCAGGAGAGGGAGAAGACCCUGAACAGCCUUGAGGCAUUCAUUUUUGAGACUCAGGACAAGAUGUACCAGGAGGAGUACCAGGCGGUGGUGUCAGAGGAGGAGAAGGAGACCAUCACGACCAAGCUGAGCGAGGCGUCGGCCUGGAUGGAUGAGGAUGGCUACUCUGCAGUCACCAAGGAGCUACGGGAAAAGCUGCAGGAGCUCAGGAAACUGUGCAAGGCCAUGUUCUUCCGUGUGGAGGAGCGCAGGAAGUGGCCCGACCACCUGGCCGCCCUGGAGAGCAUGCUCAACCACUCCAGCUUCUUCCUCAGGAGUGUCAAACUAACACCAGAGGACGACCAAAUCUUCACCGAAGUGGAGCUGAAGACGUUAGACAGAGUCAUCAACGAGACCAUUACGUGGAAGAACGACACGGUGGCCGAGCAGGAGAAGCGUUCUCCCACAGAGCGGCCCGUGCUGCUGUCCAAAGACAUAGAGUCCAAGCUGUCUCUGCUGGACCGCGAGGUCCACUACCUGCUGAACAAGGCCAAGUUUGCCAAGCCCAGGGCCAAGGCCAAGGCCAACAGCACCGCCUCAGAGAGCAGCAGCAAGGCGAACAGCACUGUCUCGGAGAGCAGCAGCAAGGCCAACAGCAGCAAAACAGAGGAGAAAGUCAUACCUCCCAAGGAGGAGACUAAAGACAAAGAAGCCACUAAGGUGGUGCAGCCAGGAGAGGAACCGCCCACCAAAGAGCCCACUGGACAGAACACAGAUUCGUCCAGCCAAUCGCAGCCUAAAGAUGAAACUGCAAGUACAGAAUCAACAGAGAAAGACAAGUCAGAAAAGCAUGUAGGGGAUGAGUUAUAACAGCUGGAACUGAGAAGAUUUAAUUGUAUUUAUUGACGAUGUUUAAUUGUUCCAGUUUCCUCCAUUUUCUUUUUUUUUUUU